AACACCUUCAACAUCAUCAGGUCUUCAAUGUCAUCAGGUCUUCAAUGUCAUUAGAUCUUCAACAUUAUCAGGUCAUCAUGACGCAGGGGGCCGAUCCGUACGCGUGGACUUCAGAGGAAGCUGUCCUGCACCUGCAGCACAACUUCGCCGGCCUGGCUAGGCACAUGUCAGAUAACGAACUCGAUGGCCGAGCGCUUCUAGAGGAUGUGGACCACGCUUUGCUAGAGAAUACAUUCGGCAUCGUUAGGCUGAUGGAGCGCAUUGCCAUCAUGCGGACAAUCCGCGAACUCCGCCAGGCCUCUUUUGCAUACGCUGCGAGUUUGCGCCCAGGCACCCUCACAUUGACACUGCCCCCAACACUACAUCCAUCGGACCCGCAGACUCCGACACCGCUCAACUCGACCAGAGUUCGCAAGGGCGAGGAGCUCGUCGAAGACUCCCGUGGCCACAAGCGCCGCAAACUGACACUAGCGUCUUCGGUCGAAACUACUCUUGAGGAUGCUCAACCUGGAGCAUCUCAAAGUCCAGUCGCUGCCGUCAAGGCGCUGCAGCGUGCAAGACCCCCAGGCUUUCUUCCCGACCACAAACAUACAGUCGACGAGAUCUUCUAUAGCGACACCAAAUAUGGCUCGGAGAUCAAGCAUGAUGAGGAUGAAGAUGAUGAUUCCUAUGACAACUUCACCAUCUUCGGGCAGUCCGAAUUCCCAGGCACCACUUCCUUCGUCUAUCGUCGGCUUAGGCACGCGUUCCAGCACUCUGAUCCGCAGCCUGUCACGUACCAUCAAAACCCAUCUCUCGCAGUCUACUCAUACCCUGAGCGCCUGCUCGAAGACAAGGAUGUCAGAUCCGUUACUGUUUUUGAGACGUCAGAGAGUGGCAUCAAGGCCAUCCGCGAGAGGGCCCAAACUCUACCCUUUCAGAAGGAUGAGGCCGUCGACAACCAGAUGAGUCCUGGUGAUUUCAGUUACCUCCUCAACAGACACACAGAAUCAGACGAGCUCUUACCAACUUAUGGAGAGUCUGACUAUGGUUCAGACUCUGCCGAGGAAACACACACCAAUGUUGAGGACUCAGCGAGCGGAUCUGAUGAUGACAUGGCAGAGGAAGAUUCUUGUGUUGAGACGCCCAUCAUCACUCAAGAGCGGGUAAAAUCCUUGAUUGACAAGUCGAUCGAAAUACAGACCCAGGCUUGGCGCGCGAAUCAGCAACCCAAACUUGACAAGCACAAGGCACGCAGUGUGUGGCGUUUGGGUAAAGGCAACAGAAAGACUGUACGUGCAUUGACUCGUGGCGCAAUUCAGGCAGUCGAGCGGUUGAACGGCAGACUUGCUCGUCUCAAGCAGAAUCUGACGGAUCGGUCUUGGGAAAGCGAGCAAGAGGUCGAACAAGCGUGCGUGUCUCUGGAACCUACAGUCCACGACCGCGAGCAAGAGGAAUGGAAGAUCCGGACCUGGGCACUGAAAGUAGAGCCUGUAACGACAACAAGACAUCGCAAACCAUCCGACCGUGGCCAACAUGGACUUCAAGAUGGAGCCCGCGCCCAGGAGAUGUCUGACGGGGACAUCAACGAAUUCAUCGUUGAUGAUGAGAGUUUUGAAUAUGCUAGAGAAAACCUACUCGAGGACGAUAGCGCCUCUGAAUCGGGUAUCGAAAAUCAAGGUAUGCCAUCUCAGAAAGGCUCCCAGGACGAGAAAACUCCUACCGAUGAGGUCGAUGCGGAUGUUAUCAUGACCGCCGAUGCAAACUUUCCCGACGCGACUGAAGUUCCGGCCGACUUCCAGUACAUUGACGAACCUCGUGGCGAACUUCUUAGCAGCGAGCUUCCAGAGUCUACAGCUGACGCAGUCGAUCUCGAGCCUGUACAAACUCCAACGAACAACAAGUUUACUGUUGGAAUGCCAGUGGAGCCGGACUCUCCUGGACUGCCUUCCUUGGAUUCGGUUUUACGUAAGUCUCAACGCUCGUCUACACGAAACCACCGAAAGGAUGUCAUCACCAUAUCCUCAAGCCCUGUCAGGCCCGGCAUGGCACUUACUACCCAGUCAAGUCCUUCAAAGAAGUUUGACAUCAAAGAAGAGCAGGAAGAAAAGAACGUGAUCACAUACUCGGACAACCCAGACACCGACACCGUGAGAGAGAUCCUAAAAUGGACCUACGAAGGUCUGGAGGCCGAAGAGGACAGAAGGAGACUCAUGAUCAAGAUGGCCUUUCACCUCGACGAUGCUCAACGCGAUCCACUCGUGCGUCUGUUCACCGGCAACGUGUCAACUUGUCUCGAAAAGACCAAAGAUGCCAUCGCCGCAAUCAGAAAAGGGUCAGAGGUCUUUGAUGGCUACAGCGACGAGGAGUCCGAAGCUAUGCGAUAUGCCGCCAGACUCUACUUGUGUUUCUGCCAUAUCGAUCACAGAUUCUUCAGCUUAGACGUGUCGGAGCUCAAGUCACUUGGCUAUGAGUGGAUGUGGGACGGAGAGGAGAAGGAAUUUGCCGAGGACUUACGCCGUUGGUACAAUUACCUUUGGCAGGCUCUAAAGCGUUUCAAGAAUGCACAGUCGACUGGAGAGAUCGAAACCAUCAUAAUCGACGACAGCGACGAUGAGCAAAAUGAGAAGAGUCUGAGUGUCCACACCAGUGCUCGCAAGAGACUGGUGAAACAAGAUCAAGGAGGUGUGAGAAAACGUGUCAAGGCAGCCGAACGAGCCAAAGCAUACGACUCUCAAAAUCAGUACAACCAGACCGGCUCGUUCAUGGCCGGCGACGAUGGAGAGACCGAAGUUGCUCUCCAUACCCCAAGCGAUCUGGAUCCUCAGAAACAUGUUUACCUCAACCCUACCAUUGCCAAACGGCUGAAGCCACAUCAAGUCGAAGGCGUCAAGUUUAUGUGGAGAGAAAUCACAGCACCUGAAGAUGAAGAUGGCCAAGGUUGUCUGUUAGCUCACACCAUGGGGCUAGGCAAAACAGCCCAAAGUCUCGCUUUGAUCACUGCUGUGGCCGAAACUGCGCGAGACAUCGAAAAGCGUGAUGCUCUACCCAGCGACUUGAAGAAAGCCAAGGACAAACUCAGAGUUCUGGUAUUGUGCCCACCGUCACUUAUGACCAAUUGGAGACAAGAGAUCAAAAUGUGGUGCCCAGAGAAGCUUUUCCUCGUUUUCAGCUUGAGCAGCGAAGUCAAGGAUAAAGCGAUGAGGUUGAAUGAUCUCAAAGACUGGCGCAAAUAUGGUGGUAUCAUGCUUUGUGGUUACACUAUGUUCACUAGGCUUGUGAAUAACAAUUCCAACAUCUACGACGAUGAUGAACAGAGACAAGUGCUGAAAUUUCUGCUGAGGAAGCCACAUAUCGUCAUUGCCGAUGAGGUGCACUCCAUUAAAAGCAACUCAAGUAAAAGCUCUUUGGCUGCUCACAAAAUCUUGACUCAACGCCGUAUUGGGCUGACUGGAAGUCCCAUGUCGAACAACACGUCUGAGAUCUUCGCUCUUAUCAACUGGGUUGCACCUAACUUUCUGGGCCACAAGGAGGAAUUCAAAGCUCAUUACCAGGAGCCUAUUGAAGCAGGAACCUACUACGACAGCAAGCCAUGGGAAGUCCGCAAGUCCAUGACCAAGCUUGCCGCGCUGAAAAAGAUCAUCUCUCCUAAGCUGAACCGUGCCGACAUCACGGUCCUUCAGGGCUCACUCAAGAGGAAGGUGGAGUUUGUCUUGACGAUCCCAUUGACAGAGUCCCAGAAACUUGGUUACAUGGCUUAUGUCAAGGAAAUCCUUCGAGGCAAAGUCGGCGAAGAGGGAUCGACUAUUACCCAGGUCAAGCUGUUCGGGUGGCUCGCCAUUCUUCAACUGCUAUGUAACCAUCCUAUAGUGUUCCGACGUAAAUUACUCGAGCCAGCCACCAACAGCAAGAGAGGCAAGAAGGUUUCACUAUUGGUAGCAGAGAAUGGAUCUACAGCAGGCUCUCCCAUCGUUGAACUGCCCGUCGCGAUGGAUCCUACCGCCGCUCCGCCAUCGACAGCAGUCGCACCUUCUGGAACCGCUCAGCAACGUGAAGGACAAUCUCCCUCUCGCGAUGAAGAUGCUGCAUACGCUGAUGCGCACAUCUCUCAGUACGACAUCGACAAAGCCAUAGUGGACGCUUUGCUCGAGGUCGUUCCUGACAACGAAUCCAUUGAAUUGUCCAACAAAACAGUGCUCGUGCGAAGGAUUAUGAAUCUCUCCAUCGAAGCCGGUGACAAGGUCUUGAUUUUCUCUCAGAGCAUUCCCUCCCUGAACUUCUUGGACAAGAUGCUGAAGAGCAUGGGCCUCCGCUAUGGUCGCAUCCAAGGAGACAUGGCGCUAGACAAGCGCGAGAAGGUGUUGAAAGCUAUGGCGAAUGGCGAGCUCGACGUUCUGCUCAUCUCAACACGUGCCGGAGGACUUGGUCUGAACAUACAGCAGGCCAAUCGCGUCAUCAUCUUUGACUUUGCUUUUAACCCAACCUGGGAGGAACAAGCAAUUGGAAGAGCCUACCGCUUGGGUCAGACCAAGCCCGUCUUUGUCUACCGUUUUGUCGCUGGCGGUACCUUCGAGUAUUCACUCUACGAUAAACAGCUAUUCAAGACCGGUCUCGCGUCUCGUGUUGUCGACAAGAAGAACCCAAUGCGCAAUGCCAACCGGAAGCCUGCGGACUGGUUGAAGCCGCCACACGACGUCCUACAACAGGACAUCUAUGCUGAGGCUGGCAAGGAUGAGCAUGUGAUGGACAAGAUCAUCAUCGAUCAACUCGAAGGUCAUGACAAGAUUAUCCGUAGUAUCAAGACGAUGGAGACCUUGAUGGAGGAGUCCAAGGAUGAGGCAUUGACUGCUGAAGAAAUGCAGGAAGCCGAAAAUGAGGUGCUGCUUGCGAAGACUCGCAAGAUGGGUAAUGUGUUUGAGAGCCGCGCAAAGUUGCUGCCUCCUCCUCCACCAGGUCUUGGUCCACGAGAACCACGCCCUUACGGUCCUGGCUUCGAUUUCACCCCGCCUGGUCCUAGCGCAAGCUCGGGUGUCGCUGCUCAGGCGUUGUCUACUGAGUCGACUGGUCUGACUGGGUCACCUUCUGGCCCAAGCCAAAGACUGUAUAGGAGGUAUUGAUAGCUGCCGGGGCUCUAUGGUAUAUGGAAAUCAGCAGCCUUAUGAUAGGAGAAGGUCACAAUUGCUUAUAUCACUCAAUCAGCCCAGUUAGCUAAGCGCGACUAUUAUAGCUUCCAUAAUUCUAGGUAGCACGAUUAGCGCAAGUAUUCUAGUCAGAUAUGGCAAUACACGUUUCCUCUGCA